GCUUAUUUCAGUGUGUUAGAACAAUGUUAAUGAGUGUAUCCUCUCCUCUCUGCCUGAUCUGAGCACGCAUUAGCAACAAACUGAGUCUCGUUUAUGUGUGUCUUCUAGGAUAGAAACCUCCCCCAGGUGACACUGGGACCUGCUAAUACUUUUUUUUUCUUUUUUUGCAAUGUCUUUCAAGGGUGGGAUGAGUCAAAGGGCAGACUAUUAAGACUUCUCUCAUCUCUUUAAGAGCAUAUCUGACCCUGUUUUCUGCUCUCCUUGGUUAGGAGGAAGCACAUCUCUCUGCAAGGGACACUGUGCCUAGUCUUUGACAAUGAAGUUCAACUUGUUCAGACGGCCACAGGCCAUGGCAGCGGCCGAGCCCACCAGCGCCCCCACCAUGACCAUGGCUCCCACCUCAGCUGCCAUGUCCACCUCAGCACCAGAAACGUCUGGCUCGAACAAUACAGAGAUCAGUAAGAAUGACAUGUUUGAGGAGAUCAAGAGCAAAUUCUUGAAUGAAAUUGAUAAAAUCCCAUUGCCUCCGUGGGCUUUGAUUGCCAUUGCUGUAGUGGCAGCAUUGCUAAUCCUCACCUGCUGUUUCUGCAUAAUCAAAAAAUGUUGCUGCAAGAAGAAGAAGAACAAGAAAGGAAAGAAGGGAAAGGAUGGCUUCAACAUGAAGAACAUGCAAGGUGGCGAGAAACAUCAGGAUGACGAUGAUGAUGAGGGAGAGACUGGACUGACAGAGGAAGAGAAAGAGGAAGAGGAGAAAGAGCAGGAGAAACUGGGGAAGCUGCAAUACUCUAUAGAUUAUGACUUUGAGAAUACAAAGCUGACAGUUGGUAUCCUUCAAGCUGCAGAUCUCAUGUCCAUGGACUCGGGCGGAACCUCGGACCCUUAUGUUAAAGUCGUGCUCUUCCCUGACAAGAAGAAGAAGUUUGACACCAAAGUGCACAAAAAAACACUGAACCCUGUCUUCAAUGAGACAUUUGUUUUCAAGGUACCCUAUGAGGAGCUUGGUGGAAAGACCUUGGUGAUGUCUGUUUAUGACUAUGACCGAUUUUCUAAACAUGAUGUUAUUGGAGAGGUAAAGCUGCCCAUGAACACCAUUGACCUUGGACGGCCUAUUGAGGAGUGGCGGGAUCUCGAGAGUGCUGAUCAAGAGGAGCCUGAGAAACUUGGAGAUAUCUGCAUCUCCCUUCGUUAUGUCCCCACUGCUGGAAAACUCACUGUCUGCAUCCUGGAGGCAAAGAAUCUGAAGAAGAUGGAUGCCUGUGGUUUAUCUGAUCCUUAUGUAAAGAUCCAGCUGCUCCAGGGUGGUAAGCGUCUGAAGAAAAAGAAGACUACAGUGAAGAAGAACACCUUAAACCCAUAUUACAAUGAAUCCUUCAGCUUUGAAAUCCCCCUGGAACAGAUGCAGAAAAUCUUGGUGGCAGUCACAGUGUUUGAUUAUGACAAGAUAGGUAAGAAUGAUGCCAUUGGAAAAAUCUUCGUGGGCAGCAAGGCUACUGGCUUAGGUCUGAAGCACUGGUCUGACAUGCUGGCUAAUCCACGCCGUCCCAUUGCCCAGUGGCACCCAUUGCAGCCAGAGGAGGAAAUUGAUGGCCAGCUGGCAGCCUUGGCUGCAAAGAAGUAACACGCCUCACCUACCAGCUAAUGCACUAACUCAGAAAUCCAAUCUUCAUCCCUACUUUGCAUGAAUUUCAUGACUUAACACAUGACUAUUUGUCAAAAGUCCUGCUCAAAAAAAAUAUAUAAAAAAAGACAUUGUAGAAUAUCUGAAACUCUUUUUGAGUAUCACAUUUCCCACAUUAAUGUAUGCUGAGAAGAAUGGUGUUGAGUUACCGGGUGACUGGUUAAUGAAUGAUCGACUUUUAGUCCUUCCUUCAUUUGAAGAAUCUCAUUCUUAGGGUGCUGACACUGAAUGAAAGUAUUGGUGAAGACAAUGCUGGAUAUGUUAAAAAAAAAAGGCUUUAGUUUAGUUUAUAGAGCAUGCUUUACUUACCUCCCCACUGCUCUGCGUGCACCACGCCCAGUAUUGUAUCUUGCUAAUAACUGUGCUUUAACUUGCAAUAGAAAGUACUGUAAUUUGGGGUUAUUUCCUGCAUAAAGUUUGUCUUAAGUCUAUCAAUGCAAAGAGAUUCAAGUGCAGAUGAAUCAGGUUGAGAUCAAUGAAUGCAACAAUUAAUUCUGGAAUAUGUAUGACAUUUUUCUUGAUUUUAUCAGCUCACAUAUGUGAUGGAGGUGCAAACAGUGCAGCAGAACCAUAUGGCAGGGAUGAUGCAGUUGUCUGACUUAAGUUGCUUGUUUUGUGUUGCCACGAAGGCCCAUCUAUGCAUUUAGCUUCAACCCACAUUUCUGUGUCUUCAGACAGGUGUAAUGUAAGACAGGAAUACAAGGGUGCCUUCCUGAUAUGACACUUUGAGAAGUAGUGCAGGUUUUAUUGUUUAUUUUAAAGUGGUUUAAUAUUAUUCAAAAUGUGUCAGGGACACUGUGAAUGUGCCAUUUGAAAUCUGGCUUGAGCUAUGUUGACCACCUGGAUGUAAAACCUUACUUAUCCACUGUAGAAGUAAGGCACUAAAAAGGAUUACCAAUGAUGCUGAAAACAGUACUGACUAUGCUUCUUUGAUUUCUGUUGUUUAGUAAAAGACAGUGCCAUUUUUGGUCAUUAUGUUUUGACAUUCAUUAAAACGAUUCCAUGUCUUUGGCUGUUGUUGUAGUUCUACUGUAAUUCACUUCAAUAUUUCUGUAGUUUCUGCUGAAACAACAUGAGGAUUUCUGUCAAAGACAAAAUGUUUUUAUAGAUUAUUGAAUUUGAAGUGUAAGAUGUAGCUUUGAUUUUUAAAAGGAAGUAUUAAUGAGGUUUGUAGAAUCUAAACAUAGCAACUGUAUCAUCAAACAUAUACAAUACACACAUCCUGGACCAUCUGCUUGAACCAAAUAGAGCUGCAGAAUAGAGCAUGUAUCAUGCCUCGCAGUAUUUUGUCUUGUUUGAAUCACUCGGUCGGGACACAAGCUUUUUGAUCCUGGAGACAAAGUGCUGCAAUAUGGUGAUGUUGAAACUUGUAGGCAAAUUAUUAGUGUAAUGUCUAGCGGCUUGGAGGCAAAAAAGGACACAAAGAACUGGUUAUUAUAAUGGAAUGACUGAAGAUAGAACAUUUAAAAUGCUGACAUUUAAAUUCCACUGAAUUGACCAAUGACCUGAUCUCUUUCCUGUAGCAGCUGCUCUUAACUAGAAUCAUGACUGUCCCCAUAUUGGUUUCUUUAAGUUAAGUGUAGACACAUGUAGGAUUAAAAUUGUCAUUUCUUGCAGGAACCAAAAAUACAAAAAAAAAAAAAGCUUUAGAAAAUGGAUGACACUUUCUUAGGAUCUUAGGAGGCCAACACAUUAAAAUAUUUUCUCAGAAUUUCAGAAACUGGAAAAAAUUAACUCAUAGAAAUUUGUGUCUACACUGAGUGCUUUUAAAUGUCAACAUAGAUUUUUCAGGACAUUUUUAUAAGGGGGUAGUUUGUUUUAAAAAAAAACACGUUAAGGCAGUCGUUCGUUUGCAUCCACGUCGCCAGCAGAAGUAUCUAACGGUGAGCAGCGGCACAUUGACAGGUUCAUCCACAGUACUUCUUUACAAUUGUUAACAUAUGCAUCCCGCAAAAUUUGUUAAUAGGCUACAGCAUGUAUUUACAAGAUGAUGUAAAUAGUGGCAUGUUUUAAAGAGGAACCAUAAUUAUAUUGUGUAUGUGUGUUUGUGUUCUGUGUCAUUUUUAUAAUAAAACAGAGUAUAAAAAAAGGAUGCACUGACUGCAAAGUGUAUGAAUUUCUGCUGAGUGUAUGACUGAAUGUAUGUCUGAACAAUCCAUGUUUGGCUUACCAGACUCCAUGAAUGCCUUAGUUAAAAACACAGCUGAUUUAAGUGUCACAUGGAAAUCCAUUGUGUUUUCAGCAAACUGCAUGAUCAUCUGAUUUUCUGUCAUUGUUUUUAUGUGUCUCUAUGCUAGUGUGUUUUUUUCCUCAGGCUACAAGUCAUGUAAUAAUUGCUAGUUUAUGAGUGUAUUAAUACAUAAUAGGUUAACUGUAUAUAAUUCAAAACAGGAGAAUACUUGUUGUCUCCUUAAUUUUCUAUCUCAGUGUACCUAAGUGUUUCCUUCAUGUACUCCUGCCAGACGGGUGUCAAGUCUUAGUUAAUCAAAUGUCAGUGCCGUACAUUAGCUAACUGACUUGUAGCCCCUUUUUUG